AUACACACACAGUCUCUCUCACUCCCUCUUAUACACACACACACACACUUCCUUAAACACGGCGUGUGUUCUGUACUCGGGUCAGCAGCACAAGAAAGGACUUAACGUUAGUUUCUUGGAGGUUGUUUCCUCCAGAGGUAACACCUUUUCCAGGUGGACAACACGAAUUUAAAAGUAACGCUUUACUGACAAAGAAAGGUGCGCACUCGCCAUGGCUCCGUUCCUGCGGAUCGCCUUUAACGAUUAUAAUUUGGGGAGCCUCCCAACUAUGACCGAAGCACCGUUCUGUGCCAUCAAGAUGAAGGAGUCUCUCAGCACAGAACGGGGAAAGACUCUGGUCCAGAGGAAGCCCACCAUGUACCCGGCAUGGAACUCCACCUUCGACGCUCAUAUCUACGAAGGCCGCGUGAUCCAGGUUCUGCUUAUGAAGACGCCCGAGGAGCCUCUCUCCGAGGCCACCGUGGGCGUUUCGGUGCUCGCGGAGCGCUGCAAAAAGGGCAACGGCCGAGCAGAAUUCUGGGUCGACCUGCAGCCCUCUGGGAAGGUCAUGAUGUCCGUGCAGUUCUUCGUGGAAGGCAGCGACUCUGAAAGCAAAGCAUCAAUCAUGGAGAAAGAAGAGGACGGCGCUUUAACGCUCAAUCGAAGAAGAGGAGCCAUGAAACAGGCCAAGGUUCACUUCAUCAAAAACCAUGAGUUCCUCGCCACGUUCUUCAAACAGCCUACGUUCUGCUCCGUCUGCCGAGAGUUUGUCUGGGGGCUUAACAAACAGGGCUACAAAUGCAGACAGUGCAAUGCGGCCAUUCACAAGAAGUGCAUUGAUAAGAUCAUCGGGAGGUGCACAGGGACGGCGACCAACAGCCGAGACACCGUGUUCCAGAAAGAGCGCUUCAAGAUCGACAUGCCGCAUCGCUUCAAGACGCACAACUAUAUGAGUCCUACCUUCUGCGAUCACUGCGGGAGUCUGCUCUGGGGAAUGGUCAAGCAGGGCCUUAAGUGUGAAGACUGUGCCAUGAACGUCCACCACAAAUGCCAGACCAAAGUAGCCAACCUCUGUGGUAUAAACCAGAAACUUCUAGCUGAAGCUCUGACUCAAGUUAGCAUAAAAUCGUCCACGAAGCGUCCCGAUCCGACUCUCUCAGACAUCGGUAUCUAUCAGGAUGUAGCCAAGCGUGUGCCGUUGGACCCCAACGAUAACACUGCGUAUGACAAACUGUGGGAUCAAACUCCUACACCUUCCCCCGUCCCACACCGAUCACACUCCACAUGCCUUUCCAUCGAGCAGUUUGAGUUCCACAAAGUGUUGGGAAAAGGCAGCUUCGGCAAGGUGCUGCUGGCUGAGCUGAAGGGACGAGGCGAAUUCUUUGCAAUAAAGGCGCUGAAGAAGGACGUGGUGCUGAUGGAUGACGACGUGGAGUGCACUAUGGUGGAGAAGAGGGUGCUCGCGUUAGCCUGGGAAAACCCCUUCCUCACACACCUCUACUCCACCAUCCAGACCAAGGAGCACUUAUUUUUCGUGAUGGAGUAUCUAAACGGAGGAGAUUUGAUGUUUCACAUUCAGGAUAAAGGCCGAUUCGAUCUGUACAGAGCCACGUUUUAUGCUGCUGAGAUUAUUUGUGGCCUGCAGUUCCUUCAUUCCAGAGGCAUCAUUUACAGGGACCUGAAGCUGGAUAACGUGAUGUUAGACAAGGACGGCCACAUCAAGAUCGCAGACUUUGGCAUGUGUAAGGAGAACGUGGUUGGAGAAGUUCGUGCCACCACUUUCUGCGGGACGCCUGAUUACAUUGCACCAGAGAUCUUACUGGGGCAGAAAUACACGUUCUCUGUGGACUGGUGGUCGUUCGGAGUGCUGGUUUACGAGAUGCUGAUCGGCCAGUCGCCGUUCCAAGGUGAUGACGAAGACGAGCUUUUUGAGUCGAUCAGGAUGGACACGCCUCACUACCCGCGCUGGAUCACCAAGGAGGCCAAGGACCUGCUGGAGAAGUUAUUCGAGCGGGAUCCCACCCGCCGGCUUGGCAUCGUGGGGAACAUUCGUGGACAUCCGUUCUUCAAGACGAUCAACUGGCCUUUACUUGAGAAACGAGAGUUGCCUCCCCCCUUCAAACCUAAAGUGAAAUCCGCCAACGACUGCAGCAACUUCGACCGAGAGUUCCUGAGCGAGAAGCCCCGCCUUUCACACGGCGACAAGAACCUGAUCGACUCCAUGGACCAGUCGGGGUUCGCCGGCUUCUCGUUCAUCAACCCCAAGAUGGAGAUCAUUCUACAAAAGUGAAACACAUCCAUCAGUGCUGUACCCGAGACCCCUUCUCUAUUUCUCUCUCUCUCUCUCAAAUGAACUAUAGAUCACGUACUGUAUUCUGGUUUUGUAAUAAAAAAAAAAAAAGUUCAAAUGUUACUUCGCUGCUUUGUUUCAAUAUUACAGUGAUUUUGCAGAUUUAUCAACAGUGUUUCUUACUAGUUUUGCCCCUUUAUAAUGGCUCGCUUCUGAAUGCUCUAUGAAGCUGGAUUCAUGGAGUGACUUUUCCACCAUCUCCAUACAGUAAAUGGAGCUAAAAUCUUGCCUGCUAUUCCAUAAACACACUCCUUUACAGUAUAUUAUAGAAACUACACUCUCAAAUGAAUUGUUGCUAUAAUCAAUGGUACUAGAUUUUGCUACAGAAUAAACAGUGGGUGGAGGUUUGAUAUCUGAAUUAUUGAAUAAUUGCAAUGUAGUAUAUAUAAUAUUAUUAAACAGGUGUUUUAAAAAAGAAUUAUGAUUGUGUAUAUACAAAUAUAUAUAAAUACAAGGUAUGUAUGUAUAUUGUUCUGUUGUCAUUGUUGGGAAUAUAAGGAUGUUCUUUUUUUAUUAUUAUAUUAUUAUUAUUAUUAUUAUUAUUAUUACACUUCAAAGCUAUAUAUAAUUAAAGCAUCUUUAUCC